AUGAAGAAGAGGAAGAAGAAGAAGCAAAAAGACGAUAGAGUCAGGAUGGACCACGUCGGCGGUGCAUGCAUGCAUGGACGGGACAGACAGGUCGAGGGAUACGAGUCUUCUCCUGCAAGCGCGGUAUCCGGCGUGGAUGCAUGA